UUGCAGUGAAUGACGGACCUCUAUGGACUCCUUGGGCUAAGCCCAUCGGAGUCGUUGGGUCCAGCUGACAUUCGCAGUGCCUAUCGCCGCAGUGCGUUGCAAGCACACCCAGACAAGGGCGGAAGUGAGGAGAAAUUUCACGCUGUGCUGACUGCCUUCGAGGUUCUCUCAUGCAGGGCUUCCAGGGAAUCCUACGAUUCUGCGCGAAGCCGUGGAUUGUCCGCAGCUGAUGCAUUGGCUAUAGCAACAGGACGCGCGCCGGAUCCAGCGACCAAACGCAAAUCGAACAGCGCUCCCUUGGAGCGGUUGCGGCUACUCCUGGCCAAGAUGGGGCGGGAGCAACGACAGGAGGCGCUGCAAAAGUUGCCUCGCGAGGUGAGAGACGCACUCGUGUCCUACAUGGAGGGUGCUGCCUCAUUCAAAGAAUCCGCUCCUGCUUCGAACGCCACUGCUCGGAAUGCAGCCAAAGCGCUGGAAAAUGGGGAGGAGCAAACUGGAGGCACACGAGGCAUUGGGCGUGGAAUCUUGCGACAAGCAACAUCUCCGCCGACCUAUAAAGCCUCCAUUUUCCUGCCUUCCUUGUUUGUCAUGUCAAGGCCCAACCCCUCUCUGGAGCGUGUCUUACAACUUCACUCAGCACUGGUUCGCACACGUGAGCUGGUUGAUGCUGGGGAAGACUUCAACAGCGUGCGCUUUCGGCGGGCCUUUGCAGAGGCUUGCCGUGAGGCCGAGUUGGAUGCAGACAAAGAGCUGCGGAAUCUCACCUUUACGGCCAUUAUCCCGGCUUACUACGAGGUGAAUCGGCAGAUCAAGGGCCGUCAAACGCCAGAUCUGGAUGCAGCCUUUGCUCUGCGGGAACAGCUCCUAGAGGCGCUCCAAAUCGGGGGUAAUUUAUCCUGUGGCAGUUUGAAACAUAGCAUCAAACAAAUUCAAGAGCAAAAAGGCUUCAAAUCUUCUACUGCUUGUUGUCAUAGCAAAAAGAGACCGUGUCGGGAGUGAAAAAG